CUAGAUAUUCGGUAACCGGAAGUGGCGUCUGCAACCGGAAGGGGCGGGGCAGUUUGACCCGUAUUUGACCUGAUGAUCAGCUGAGUACUGCAGCUGCAAGAAAGUAUUCUCACUUCCUUUAUCGACCAAGAUGGCGUCCUCGGGAGAUUCCGGUAGCUCCGCUCCGUCGGUGGAGCUGCACUUUGACACUAGGGCAGUGUGCGCUCGCGCUCCCCCGUACCCAUCAGGCCCGUCGCUCCCUCCAUCGAAACAACAUCCACAUACAUCAUGGACACAGUGGACGAGUAUGUCCACAAGUUAGAGAAUAAAGGAUACAUCUACAGUCGUCAUGGCGGCCCCACCCAGGAUGGAGCGGCCUAUUCCAUUAACCAGCUGGAGGGGGGUUACGGCACGCUGGUGUUCUCUAGUGGCAUGGCAGCGAUGAGCACUGUACUGCUGUCCCUGCUGAAGGGAGGGGACCAUGUUAUUUGUCAGAUGCCGGUUUAUGCAGGCACCAUGAAAUUCCUGCAGAGGGCAAUGCUGAAGUAUGAUGUGGAGGUAACUUGGGUAAAGGCUGGCAGUGUGGAGGAGUAUGCCAAAAACCUCAAGGACAACACUAAGCUCUUGUGGGGAGAGAGCCCAGCUAACCCCCUGUGCACCAUCCUGGACCUGGAGGAGUUUGGGAGGUUGGGUCAGUCUCGGGAGGGUCUAAUCACCGUGGUGGACAGCACCUUCGCUGGACCGUACCACCAGCAGCCGCUACGCCACGGCGUGGACGUGUCCAUGAACAGUUGCACCAAAUACCUGGGAGGACACAGUGACCUUCUGGCAGGUGCUCUGUCCACCAGCAGGGAGCACCUGUUUGAGACAUUCUACACCUGGCAGCAGAUGCUGGGAAAUAACCUGGGUCCGUUUGAUGCCUUCCUGCUACACCGAGGCACACAGAGCCUACAUGUCCGCAUGGAGAGGCACAGCAGUAAUGCCAUGCACCUCGCACUCUUCCUAGAGAAACAUCCAAAGGUGGAGCGAGUGUUCUACCCUGGCCUGCCCUCCCACCCCCAACACCAGGCAGCCAAGAGGGUCAUGGGUAACGGCUACAGCGGCAUGAUGUCAUUUGAGGUGAAGGGAGGGGAGCAGGCAGGAAAAACCUUUGUCGAGAGUGUGCGUGUGAUCAAACUGGCCGUGUCUCUGGGAGGGGUGGAGAGUCUGGUGGAACACCCUGCCACCAUGACCCACGGGCGCUACAUGAUCAGUGAUCUGGAGAGGGACAUGGGAGACAUCACACCUGGACUCAUCCGAUUCAGUGUCGGCAUUGAGAAUGUGCAAGACCUGGAGAAUGAUUUGGCCCAGGCACUGGACAAGAUCUGAAGACUGCAGCAUUUUUACUAUUUUUAAAAGACUCUGUGCCUCAGAAGCAUAAGAUUUGUAGUUCAUUCUCUAAUGAGAAACAUAGAAAAUAAUGACGCACAAAAUAUUAAGUUCCAAGCCUACCUCUGUAUAUCUACAAUUGUGUAAUCCACACUUACUAAGGCCACCUCUUCCACUAGACAGCGAUCAUUCUUAGUGACCAAAAUUUGGGUUUUUGGUCAGCCCCUUGAUUUUAAAAUUGUAACAAGAUGGAAUAUGUGAAGCAUAAUUUGAAAGAAAACAAAACAUGAAAAAAUUCAUCAUUUCUGAAAUUCAAUGAAAAAUAAAAUCUUUGGAUGCUGAGUAAUUGCAGUCUCUAGUGGAAGUGGUGGAGUCUUGUACCUUGUCAGGGUACUAGGUGCCAAUGUCGGACUUAUAAUUGUUACCGGUAAGUGAGAAAGUGUGGUGCUGUUUUUAAAAUCUGUAUGUGGCAAUCAAGUCCAAAUAAAUAUUCUGUCAACUGUAA